UUGAAGGCUACUGAGCCUUCUCUGUCAAUUUGCGUCCGUCCUCUCAUGGUCAAACAGAGGAGGACACACUGUAGGCUGCAUCUGAAGCUGAAGGUCUUAUUUUUACGGGGAGCAGGCUUUAUUAAUCACAGGAAAAUACUUUUUUUAAUGGGCGCUGCAACUUUUUAUGGAUUUAUAUUGUGAUAACUCGUGUGGGGAAAGCCAUUGUUUCUUUUAUAUACUUGCAAUAUGUAUGUUUACUCUGUAGAGAGCUAAAAGUGUCCUGGUACUUGAUGGUAUUUUGUAGGUGUCACUGUUUUAAAGUAAAGUAGCUGCAUUGUAUUUUUUUCAUUUUUUUAUUUUUAGGAUAGUUAUUUUUUGCAAAGGAAGUUAAAACUAAAACAAUACAUUCAAUGGAUAUGCCAGCUGCUGUAAAUUUUAUUAGUAAGUGAGCAUUACAAUCAGGCCCCUGUAAGCCCAAUCACAGGCACAGUAGAGCUUUAGUUUAAAGUGCAAGGUGUGAAAAUGUCCAGCCUCUCCAGGAGUGCAGAUGAGCAAAGAGGUAUCAGUGAGAGCCCGGCUCACAAACCAGAGACACCCAAGUACCGCAGCUGGAGCGGCCUCCGCUUCUCAAGAUGGAGAAGUGGCUCCCAGAGGACGACCCCCCCUGCCACCCCUUCCCCGAAGACAGACAAGAGGGCCGAUGUGACCAAGACGCUCUUCUCCUUGGUCAAGACUCACAAUGAUGACUACACGGCGGAUCCCGAUGGACUGCUGGAUACUAACAUCGAUGACGAAGGAGGCGAAGAUGACACCCAAGAGGACCAGACCACCUGCUACCAGAAGCGGUUUGGAUCCAUGUUGCAGCCCGGGGUCAACAAGUUCUCCCUGCGCAUGUUUGGCAGUCAUAAGGGUGUUGCUGCUGAGCAGGCCAGGGUCAAGAGCUUUGGAGUGUGGAUCAUUCACCCCUACAGUGACUUCAGGUUUUACUGGGACCUUGUGAUGCUCCUGUUGAUGAUGAGCAAUCUGGUCAUUUUGCCCUGGGGUAUCACCUUCUUUGAGGACCAAAACACCGCGCCCUGGAUCACCUUUAACGUCCUGUCUGACACUCUCUUCCUCAUGGAUCUGGUUUUCAAUUUCCGCACGGGCGUCCCUGGAGAAGACAGCCACAUCAUCCUGGACCCUAAAGAGAUCCGCAAGAAUUACCUCCGCACCUGGUUUCUUGUGGACUUUGUCUCCUCUAUCCCCGUUGAUUACAUCUUCCUCAUCGUCGACCUGGAGGCCCGGCACGAGUCGUCUGAUGUGUACCGCACCGCCCGCGCCCUCCGCAUCGUGCGCUUCACCAAGAUCCUCAGUCUGCUGCGUCUGCUCCGACUGUCUCGCCUCAUCCGCUACAUUCACCAGUGGGAAGAGAUCUUCCACAUGACUUAUGACCUGGCCAGUGCUGUGGUGCGUAUAGUCAACUUGAUCGGCAUGAUGCUGCUGUUGUGCCAUUGGGAUGGCUGUCUGACCUUCAUGGUACCUAUGCUGCAAGACUUUCCCUCAGACUGCUGGGUAUCCAAAAAUAAUAUGGUGAAUGCUACAUGGCACUUACAGUACUCUUACGCCCUGUUUAUGGCCAUGAGUCACAUGCUGUGUAUUGGAUAUGGUGCCAACCCUCCUGAAGGCUUGACUGACGUUUGGCUCACCAUGAUCAGUAUGGUUGUGGGGGCCACCUGCUACGCCAUGUUCCUUGGUCAUGCAACUACCCUGGUCCAGUCCUUGGAUGCAUCACACCGCCAGUAUCAAGAGAAGUAUAAGCAAGUGGAGCAAUACAUGUCGUUCCAUAAACUGCCAGCGGAUGUAAGACAGAGGAUCCAUGAUUAUUACGAGCAGCGUUUCCAAGGCAAGAUGUUUGAUGAGGACAGUAUCCUCGGAGAGCUCAGUGAUCCACUCAAGGAGGAGAUUGUCAGCUAUAACUGUCGUGGACUGGUAGCCAACAUGCCACUGUUUGCCAACACCGACCCUCAUUUUGUGACCGUGAUCCUGACUAAGCUGCGUUUCGAAGUGUUUCAACCCGGAGACUUCAUAAUACGAGAAGGAACGCUGGGUCGGAAGAUGUAUUUCAUCCAGCACGGCACCGUCACCGUCAUCCCACGUGGCAGUAGGGAGAUUACGCUCAACGAUGGAGCAUAUUUUGGGGAGAUCUGCCUGCUAACCCAAGGACGACGCACGGCCACCGUGAAGGCUGACACCUAUUGUCGCCUUUACUCCCUGAGUGUGGACAGUUUCAACGAAGUCCUGGAGGAGCAUCCGCUGAUGAGGAGGGCAUUUGAGAGUGUGGCUGUGGACCGACUGGGCCGUGUCGCUCGCAGACCCAGCUAUCAGCCUCCCCAAUUCGAGUGACGUCCUCGGGACCACCAGAGAGAGACUCUGGCCAGAAAUGUGGAGGAUAUUUGUCACACUUUGGCUGAACUUGACCACAAAACAAAGAAACCUUCAAAGUAAAUGUUCUUGCUGUUUAGUGCUCAGCGAUGGACAACCUGAUGGAGACCCUCAGUUUUAUUUAUGAACAUAUUAUUGCUGCACUUGGUUGAAAAUGUUGUACCUUCAGUUUAACUUUGUUACUUGAAUUUAAAUACAUGAACAAUUUUGUGUUGGCCCUUUGUACACUAUUCAUGUAAGAUCCAUUGUGUCAU